CAGCGAUGGCAGGGAUGGAGGUCGCACCGUUCAGACCAUGGGACGAUUUCUUCCCUGGAAUAGACCGAUUCGCCAAACCAGACUUUGGAGAUUUAGCCAAAUGGAAUAACAGGAUCAUCAGCAACUUGUUAUACUACCAAACAAAUUACCUGGUGGUGGCUAUUGUGGUUGCUCUCAUAGUGGGGUUCCUGAACCCCAUGGGCAUGUUUCUGGGCGGCGGCGUGGUCACGCUGGUCUUCAUGGGUUCCGUGUGGGCGGGAGAGAACCAGGCCGUGAUCAAGAGCUUCAAGAAGAAGAACCCCAUGCUGUUCGUCAUCGCCGUCAUGGCCGUCAGCUACUUUGUGCUGUCUCUGUGUGGAGGGGUCCUGGUCUUCAUCUUUGGGAUCACGUUCCCGCUGCUCCUGAUCCUGAUUCACGCCUCGUUGCGCCUGAGGAACAUGAAGAACCGUCUGGAGAACAAGAUGGAGGUGGUGGGCAUGAAGAGGACGCCCAUGGGCCUGAUCCUGGACCUGCUGGACCAGCAGGAGGAGAAGAUCAACAAGAUCCAGGACUUCAUCGAGAGCAAGCUGAAGGACUGAGCGGCGCGACGAGGCCCAUGGCGUCUGCAAGGCCACGCCCCCAACACAGCGAGGCCGGCAGCGUCCACAAGGCUACACACACUCCCCUGACCUGUCGUCACACACACUCCCCUAACCUGUCGUCACACACACUCCCCUAACCUGUCGUCACACACACUCCCCUAACCUGUCGUCACACACACUCCCCUAACCUGUCCUCACUCUCACCAGCGUCCACAGGCUACACACACUCCCCUAACCAUUCGUCACUCUCCCCAGCGUCUCUGGUGUCCUACUCCUGUGCAUUUUAUGGGACUCAAAUCAGUGUUUAACAAAAAGAGGCAGAUGUAAAUAUCAACUUAUUUAGCUUCAGCCAACAUUGGGCCACUUUACUCCAUAGACAACCAGCUGGUUACACUGUAGAUGUUUAAUCACCAACAUUGGGCCACUUUACUCCAUAGACAACCAGCUGGUUACACUGUAGAUGUUUAAUCACCAAAGGUUUGCGAGAGAAGUUACAACUUAUGGAUCAUAACAAAUUACUCUGUGUGUGUAAGAUGUGUGUGCUGUCUGUUCUAAGAUGGGACAGUAGGCGUUCCAACCCCUUUGUGUUUGCCUGUUUGUUUUUGUCUUGCUCUUCGGCCCAUCUUGUUUGAAGGAUAAAAUAGUGGGGUGUGUUAGGGUCCGUAUAGCUAUGAGAUGUCUGGCGGAAAAGUUUAGCUUUAAUGAUGAGUUUAUUUGAGAUUGAGUUUCUCCUAGAAUAUUCGUCUAAAUUAUUUAUCGACUGUUCAUCCACUUGCUAUAACAUGUUUAUAGUGGUGAUGUGACUGCUUGAUAUAGCCCAUAAUGAGACCAAGUUACAACGUAUCAAGAAACAUGUUUUUUAUGAGGAAGUUAAUAUUAUUUGUUAUUAAAUAUUGUUAGUUUCAUUUUUAUAAAGAUCAUUUGUGUAAUUUGAUUUAUAUUUCAAUGGAAUUCCUAAAUAUAGGAUAUGAGACCAACAGCUUUGCAUGUGAGGAUGCAUGCGAGCAGUCUAGAAUAUUCUGUGCGAGUGCUCAGGCCUUCAGCGUUCAGCAGUGCAGUCUAGAAUAUUCUGUGCGAGUGCUCAGGCCUCCAGAGUUCAGCAGUGCAGUCUAGAAUAUUCUGUGCGAGUGCUCAGGCCUCCAGAGUUCAGCAGUGCAGUCUAGAAUAUUCUGUGCGAGUGCUCAGGCCUUCAGAGUUCAGCAGUGCAGUCUAGAAUAUUCUGUGCGAGUGCUCAGGCCUUCAGAGUUCAGCAGUGCAGUCUAGAAUAUUCUGUGCGAGUGCUCAGGCCUCCAGAGUUCAGCAGUGCAGUCUAGAAUAUUCUGUGCGAGUGCUCAGGCCUCCAGAGUUCAGCAGUGCAGUCUAGAAUAUUCUGUGCGAGUGCUCAGGCCUUCAGAGUUCAGCAGUGCAGUCUAGAAUAUUCUGUGCGAGUGCUCAGGCCUCCAGAGUUCAGCAGUGCAGUCUAGAAUAUUCUGUGCGAGUGCUCAGGCCUUCAGAGUUCAGCAGUGCAGUCUAGAAUAUUCUGUGCGAGUGCUCAGGCCUUCAGAGUUCAGCAGUGCAGUCUAGAAUUCUGUGCGAGUGCUCAGGCCUUCAGAGUUCAGCAGUGCAGUCGGUGCUGCCGUUCUGUGCACCGCUCCAUCGCAGGGCUACCUCAAGAAACAUCCCCCUUUUCCCCAACAUUGCUACAAAUCAAAUAUUUUUUUUAAUAUACGUUUGUUAUUAAUAUUGUUUUUAAGCACAGUGUGUUUAUGUGUUUAUUUACUUUAUUUACUUAUUUACUUCAUUCCUGCAAUAUGGGUUGUGUUUUGCUCCUAGGUAAGAGCAGCAAUAAUCAACACUUUCUUUUCAUGGUCAUAGGGAAUGGAUGCGGUGGUGGACGUUGUCAUAUCAUAGCAAUGCAAAAACUGGAAAAGGAAUGGCGACUAGCUUUAAUACUGGACUGUGUGGAUAGCUCUCCCCUGUCAAGAAACGCUUUUAUCAGGUGUGGAAAAGGAAUGGCGACUAGCUUUAAUACUGGACUGUGUGGAAUGUGGAUAGCUCUCCCCUGUCAAGAAACGCUUUUAUCAGGUGUUGUGGUUUGCAUUACUGGCACUUUUCUUGCACUGUUCUGUCUCAAGCAUGCAAAUGGAAUCUGCUGAAUGAAAAGCAACAUGUACUCCUUUGUAUGUAACGUAGGCAAGGUAAUCACAUCAACCCCAGUCAUGUGCAUCCGGCUUCAUUAUGUACGUACUGUAUGUCUGACCCCUGUGUUCACAUGUCAUAACUCAAUGUGUUACUGCAGAGCAGGACCACCUUUGAAUUAAACAUUUUUUCCUGUUUAAA